GGACUAGAUGCGGCUCCAAAACGUCUUCACGUUUCCAACAUACCAUUCCGUUUUCGCGAUCCCGACUUGAGGAUGAUGUUUGAAAAGUUCGGUCCUGUGAUUGAUGUGGAGAUCAUUUUCAACGAAAGAGGAAGCAAGGCUAGUUAUGAACUUUUUGCAAAGGAUCGAUUUUUGCUUGCCCACGGAGGGUUUGGUUUUGUUACAAUGGAGAAAGCUGCAGAUGCUGAAAAAGCUAGGCAGGAGCUUCAUGGUUCCAUGGUGGAGGGAAGGAAAGUGGAAGUGAAUUGCGCAACCGCUCGAAUACACUCGAAGAAAGUAAAACCAUUGCCCGGGGUGCUGGAUCAGGCCAUGACUGCAUCGGCCCUACAAAAUGCUGCCCUUGCUCAAGCUCAAGUGGCGCGAGCUUUGUACAUGCGAAAUCCAUUGGUCGCCCAGUCCAUGUUAGCAAGAAGUGGAUUACUGGCUGGAUUGCCGCAGUCAUCUGUGCCUCUUCCGAUAGCUACCAAUUCACUUGCUACUGCUCAUUUGCAAGGACAGCAUCUACUCCUUGGAGCUGCUGGAUUUCAGCAGAACGCUGCUAUGCAACACGCUGCGUUUGCUUCUGAUCAAACAGCAGCAGCAUUGCUAACUGAACAGGCUCGACUUCAGCUCGCUGCGGCAGCGCAAGUGAUUUGCAUGGUAUGUCUGUCGGGUGCACCACUGCAUGAGCAUGGCAUUCAUCUCGCUGUGUUUCAGCGCGUAUCCCCACCUCGGCAGGUGCUUCUCUUGGUGAACAAUACCUUGGACAAGCCCUUACUGCUGCUCUUCCUGCCUAUCCUAUCAAUCAGGCGUAUCGGAGCAUCAACCGCUUUGCGCCCUAUUAGCAUGCAUUGCACACGCUUGACGAUGUGCUUAUGA